AUGAGCAACAAUGCCAUCUCCGGGUUGAUUUUUUUGCUCUUGAGCUUCUCCAUCCAUGGCGGCGCGGCGGGGGCUUCAUCGAUUCGACGCCACACUUUUGUGAUAAAAGAAGCUUCCUACACGAGGCUGUGCAGUGAAAAUAAGAUAAUGACGGUGAAUGGGGAAUUCCCGGGGCCAACUCUGCAUGGAGUAGCUCAACUGAGAAAUCCAUGGUCAGAUGGUCCCGAGUACAUCACCCAGUGCCCGAUCCAGUCAGGAAGGAAGUUCAGCCAGCGAGUCGAGUUCACCUUCGAGGAAGGUACGUUGUGGUGGCAUGCUCACAGCGAGUGGACUCGAGCCACCGUCCAUGGAGCUAUUGUCGUGUACCCCAAGAAAGGGUCCACUUACCCCUUCCCCAAGCCCCAUGCUGAAGUCCCGAUCAUUUUUGGAGAGUGGUGGAAGAAUGGUGUGUUUGAGACCUACAAAGAGUUUCUUGGAUCCGGGGGUGACCCAAAUGCUUCCGAUGCCAUCACCAUUAACGGUCAACCUGGAAAUUUGUUCCCAUGCUCAAAAUCAGACACAUUCAGACUGAACGUAGUUCGCGGAAAGACAUACCUCCUUCGAUUAGUGAACGCGGCCCUUCAAGACAUGCUAUUUUUUGCCAUCGUCGACCAUCGACUCACGGUGGUUGGGACCGACGGGAGCUACACGAAGCCAUUCAAAUCCAAUUACAUAACCAUCUCUCCCGGUCAAACCAUCGACGUCUUGCUAGAAACGAAACCUUCGCAACAGUACUACUCCUCCUCAUCACCAAUGAAACAAUAUUACAUGGCUGCUCGAGUGUACUCUAGCAACCCAGGGGCGGUAUUCGACAACACAACUGCGACGGCCAUUCUCCACUACAAUGAUCACCAAGACCCUCAAUCCUCAAAGGCUCAGCCAACACUCAGACUACCACGCCUCCCAAGUGUGAACGACACAAGCGCAUCGGUCGCCUUCACCGGCCGGCUCAGAAGUCUGUCCACCUCCUCCGACGCCGAACCUGCCCCAAAAGACGUGACAACAAAACUAUUCCUCUCACUCUCCAUCAACCUCCAGCCCUGCCCGAACAAUUACUCCUGCCCGGGCGGCCCCUUUAACGGCACCGUUCGGAUCGCCGCGAGCAUCAACAACGUGAGCUUCGUGGAACCGAGGUCCAUCGACAUCCUGAGUGCAUACUACAACCACAUCAACGGUGUUUUCCGUACGGACUUCCCCCACAAACCCGCGCACCCCGCGGACUACACCGGCGACGAUCCUUUCGAGGGAGCCGCGACGACGCACGGGACGAGGGUGAAGGUCUUGGGGCACAACUCCACGGUGGAGGUGGUUUUCCAAGGGACGAAUUUAGCCCUGGGGAGUGACCAUCCGAUGCAUCUACACGGGAUGAGCUUCUACGUGGUGGGAUGGGGUUUCGGUAAUUUCAACGAGAGGAGAGAUCCCAAAGGUUACAAUCUAGUCGACCCGCCCUUUGUGAACACUGUGGCUGUCCCGAGGAAUGGAUGGACUGCCAUUAGGUUCAGAGCUUCCAAUCCCGGAGUGUGGUUAAUGCACUGCCAUCUGGAGAGGCAUCAAACUUGGGGAAUGCGGAUGGUGUUCAUCGUGAAGAAUGGGAAAGGCAGAAAAGCCCAAAUGCUUCCUCCACCUCCUGAUAUGCCACCUUGUUGA